AUGACAGAAUAUAUUUUUAUUUUAAGCUCAAUUAUUGCGUUAGGGUGUUUAGGCGUAUCAUUGAAGCCUUCGCCUGUUUAUGGGGGUGUGUGUUUAAUUAUUAGUGGGUGUUCUGGUUGUUUAGCGGUGUUGGGGUUUGGUGGAUCGUUUUUAGGUGUUAUGGUGUUUUUAAUUUAUUUAGGUGGGAUGCUAGUUGUUUUUGGUUAUACGACUGCUAUGGCUACGGAGGAGUUUCCUGAGACUUGGGUGUCUAGUUGAUUGGUGCUUGGUGUCUUAGUAAUGAGUGUUUUUAUGGAGAUAGGAAUGGUUUAUGCUUCUGAUGAUUAUAAUCUGGUGAAUUCUGUGUUGGUAUAUAAUAGUGAUAUGGGAGGAUGAGUAGUUUAUGAUAGUGAUGAGUUGGGAUUAAUGGGGGAGGGGGGUGCUGGGGUGGCUGCUUUAUAUAGUUGUUCUGCGUGGUUGAUGGUGGUAUCUGGGUGAACCUUGUUGAUAGGUGUGAUAAUUAUUAUUGAGAUUGUUCGAAUGAAUUAG